AGAAAAAGUGGCAAAAGAAUCGGACAAAAGAGUUGGCAUCAUGAACGAAAUUUUGAACGGCAUACGCGUUAUUAAAAUGUACGCAUGGGAGCAUUCGUUCACGCAGUUGGUGGACGCCGCUCGAAUGAAGGAAUUACAUCAGCUGCGGUUCCGGUCUUUCUACCAGGCCCUCAUCCUGGGCAUAUUCUACGCGGCAGGCAAACUGUCGCUGCUUUGUGCUGUUGCUGCUUACACAAUUUUUGUCGCAUCGGCGCUGUUCAGUGCUGCCCGUCUUACCGUCAGCCUGUUUCUUCCGUUCGCUGUUCAGAGCUAUUCUGAAAUUAUGGUGACGUUGAAGAGGAUUCAGGCGUUUUUGCUUCUGGACGAAAGACGGUUCGCUUCGCAAAACAGGGGUCUGGACGCAAGGAAAACUGUCUCAUUUGGCCAGACUGAUAACGACGUCAUUAUGGAUAAGUUCUACGCCAAGUACGAUCCGUCUUCGGACACAUUUGCUCUUUCUGACAUAAGUUUCAAAGUCAAACGUGGCCAACUGUUAGCCAUAGUCGGGCCGGUGGGAUCGGGCAAGUCGUCGGUGUUGACCAGUCUCAUUGGUGAAACGGUGAGGGUAGGCGGCACAGCGACGGUCAGCGGACGCAUCGCGUACGUUCCUCAAGAGGCGUGGCUUUUUUCAGGCACCAUUCGUCAAAACAUCUUGUUCGGUAGGUCAUACAACCCUUCGCAAUAUCAGAAAACGAUCGAAGCAGCUUGUCUUCUGGAGGACCUGAAGCAGUUGCGCGAUGGUGACCUGACGUUGGUAGGUGACAAAGGCGCCUCGCUCAGUGGCGGACAAAAGGCGCGCAUCAAUCUUGCCAGGGCGCUUUACUCGGAUGCGGAUGUUUUUCUGCUAGACGAUCCUCUAAGCGCUGUCGAUCCUGCUGUUGGAAACUUUCUGUUCGAGAGGUGAGU